GGUAGCCGCGAGUUCCCCUGCAGAAUUUCUUCUUCUCUGCCGCCGGCUUCUUCUUCCCCUGCUAGCUCCGGUUCUUGCCGGAAAAUUCUGGUUUUGAUCGUUCUGUCACCGUAGCACUUGGGUUAGCCUUCUGUUCUGUGCGAGUAAGGUAAGUAAAUUAUAGUAAAGCCCUUCGAUUUUAAAGCAUGUUUUAAAUUGUUUUUGAGAUGGUGGUAAGCUUCAAAUUGAUUUUAAAUGGAUUUUAUCAACAUCUGAGUGUGAUUAAACUGAAUUGGAAAUGGUGAUGGUUUUUAUGAGAAUUUCACUGUUUUUUGGAAUUGAACGUGAUUGGAAUGAAAAUGGGAAUUUCAUUGUUUUUCUGGAGUUGAGCAUGCCUAUUUGGAAAUGGACUGAACUGUUUGAUGAACUGAGAAUUUUGUGAAUAUUGAGUUUUUUGUUAAAUCCAUGCCCACAUGAAAAUUUUUCGAUUUGUUCUGAAAUUCGAGAUUGAUUGUGAAAUUUGGGUUUUUCUGUAAACUCUGCAUGGUUUUGUCUCGGAUAUAGUCAUGAUUACUGAUUACUGUGCCCGCUAGUGGGAGGUUUAUAAACGCUAGCAAAUGUCGACAUGUAUUUUUGUAGAACCGGUUCACCCUACCAAUGGGGUUAAACAUUGGUAAUUACUGUCGCCUGCCAGUGGGAGUUGUAAACACUGGCACCAUCACUGACGCCUGCCAGUGGGAGUUGUUAAACACUGGCACUUCUGUAACCUUGCCUAUGGGGUUAAACAUUGGCAACUACUGUGCCCGCCAGUGGGAGGUUUAUAAACGCUGGCCAUGACUUAUAGAUGAGACUACUGAACUGAGUUUUCUUCUGCAUUGACAGUUUGUCAUGAAACGUUUUGUUAUUGAACUGAAUCUGAUUUUGCAUUGACGAGUUGUCAUUGAAUGCUUUGCAAUUAAACUGUUUAUCUGGCGUGCUUAAAAGUUUUACCCAAGGGUUAUCCAUAUUUACUUACUGAGUUAUCUCAUAGUUUUCCUUGUCCACCAUUUCAGGAAGCAAUAUCGAGGACGGGGAAAUCGAGGGGAGUGACGAAUUAGAAGGCUAGCUAUCGUGUAAAUUGAAUAUGGAUUUUUAGAUAUAAAUGAUGAUCUUCUAAGCGAGAUUUUAAUUGGAGAUUGUAAAUUCAUUUAGUGGAUUGUUAGUUUAUAAGAAAUUUGAUCUGGAGAUUUUGAGGUUAAGUCAUGUGGACAUAGAAAAGAGAAUUAAUUUUGAAAUAUCUGAUCUGAGUUAUUGGAUUGUCAGUUUGUGAUUUAGAUAAGUUUCGAGCCUUGUGCAUUCGUGGGAUCCGUUGACAAGUGCACGGC